CGUGUCAACUUCAUCCAUCUCACGCCAACAAUCACAUCAUCAUCUCAGAGCAAAAGCAGCAGGAGCUGAAACGAGCAAUGGCAGCAUCGGGCAUGAAGCUCGCCGUGGCGGUGGCGUGCGCGCUGGCGCUCGCGUCGGCGUGCCACGGCCUGCAGCUGGGCUACUACAAGCAGUCGUGCCCCCGCGUGGAGGCCAUCGUGAGGGACGAGGUGAAGAAGUUCGUCUACAAGGACGCCGGCAUCGGCGCCGGACUCAUCCGCCUCGUCUUCCACGACUGCUUCGUCGAGGGAUGUGAUGGCUCGGUGCUCCUGGACCCAACUCCGGCGAACCCGAAGCCGGAGAAGCUCAGCCCGCCCAACAUGCCCAGCCUCCGCGGCUUCGAGGUGAUCGACGCCGCCAAGGACGCCGUCGAGAAGGUCUGCCCCGGCGUGGUCUCGUGCGCCGACAUCGUCGCCUUCGCCGCCCGCGACGCCGCCUACUUCCUCAGCAGAUUCAGGGUCAAGAUCAACGUCCCAGGUGGACGCCUCGAUGGCCGCCGCUCCCUCGACUCCGACGCCCUCAACAACCUGCCGCCGCCCAACUUCAACGUGAACCAGCUCAUCGGCGCGUUCGCCGCCAAGGGCCUCGACGCCGAGGACAUGGUGGUGCUCUCCGGCGCCCACACCGUCGGCCGCUCCCACUGCUCCUCCUUCGUCUCGGACCGCGUCGCCGCGCCCUCCGACAUCAACGGCGGCUUCGCCAACUUCCUCAAGCAGAGGUGCCCGGCCAACCCGACCUCCAGCAACGACCCGACGGUGAACCAGGACGCCGUCACGCCCAACGCGUUCGACAACCAGUACUACAAGAACGUGGUGGCGCACAAGGUGCUCUUCGCGUCGGACGCGGCGCUGCUGACGUCGCCGGCGACGGCGAAGAUGGUGUCGGACAACGCCAACAUCCCGGGGUGGUGGGAGGACAAGUUCGCCAAGGCGUUCGUCAAGAUGGCAUCCGUCGGUGUCAAGACCGGCUACCCCGGCGAGAUCAGGAGGCACUGCAGGGUCGUCAACUAAUCAUCAUCGGGUCAAUCCGACUAAUGCAAACCCAUCGAUCUAUACGUUCAUUCGUUUGUUUUCCAGGACUUUGUUCUUCUGAUCGAUUCGACAUGACGUACUACAUUUCUUGGUUCUUUUGGCCGUUGGUACGGCUUGCAUUAUCCCUCUAAAACCACCAUGACAAUGAACUGUACUUGAAUAAAUUCAUCUCUCAUAAUAAUUAAUACAAGCCUCAUCUCUUUUUUAUUGGUAAA